AUGGAACCAGCGCCAACACCGCCACCCAGCGCCGACGCGCAGCACUAUCCAAAACACUUUCCCAACAUGCUCAAGAGCUACCGGCCCUCGGACCACGAUGCCUUUCGCCGCGUGCUCUGGACCGGCCUGCACUCGCAGCUGACGACCAUCACGGUGCCCGAAGGCGGCAACAUGGUCGAAGAUAUCCAAUCCGCCGACCAAACCAUCACCAUCACAACCGGCUCGGCGCUGGCGCAAGUCGGCUCGCGCAACAGCCCACGGCAGCAAGCGCUGCGGGCGGGCGACAUGCUGACGGUGCCGGCGGGAGCGCCGUGUGAGCUCGUCAACACGGGGCCGAUGCCUCUGGGGGUGCUCCUCGUGACGUCGUGGUGA